AUGGCUGUGCGUAGCAAGAUCAUGAGCGGCAACAUGCAGUGUUCAUACCCGACCCCUCGUAAAGCCAACGUUGUGGCCCCGAAUACAACGGCGACCGCGAGUCCCGCGCCGAGCUCGGAAUCACGGAAGCCAAGCAUAACACCCCCCACGAGAGCUGGCAGCCCGCCCGACGACGCCUCCUCCGAUUCAUCGACCGAGUCGGCAUCGAGUCCGCCGUCCAUGAUCCUGGAGUCGCUUAGUCCCUAUGGAAGCACACUGGGCCGGCUGGACACGGUUGAGCGCAGAUCGCUGUCCAGGCUGCUGCAUAAGUCAAACUUUAUGGAGUACUUCAUCAGUCCGACGUUUGUCGACAACAUGCAGCUCGACAUGACGGUCCACCUGUUCACCAUGUUCGACCAGGGCAAGGACGCCUACAUCGCCAUGUACAGCGCGUUCGCGGCGUCGAUGGGCCUGGAGACGGGCGAGUAUGACCCGGAAGCGAACCUCCACCGCGGCGCGAUGGCGGUCGAGCAGCUGCGGUCAUGUAGGCUGCCCACGUUGAAGCGCGAAGAGCUACUGCCCUGGGCAGGGCUCGGGCUGGGAAUCGUAUACUUCUCCAACAUGGCCCUCGGGACGAGCGCCGCCCCCGUGCGCCGAUACGUCCUGAGUCACAUCCGGCACCUUCUUGGGACGGCGCAAAUCUCCAGCACGCGGACGCACUACAUCCUGGUGUUCCUGACGGCCGUCGACAUCAACGAGUGCCUGAUGCUGCGCGAGCUGCCGGUAUGCGGCAUCACACCCCCGGAAGACGGCCACGUCGACGCGUACCUGGGCGUGUGCAUGCCGCUUCUACAGCACCUCUACGAUCUGUGUCACAUCAGCUACCACCUCCGCUACGAAGUGGAAGUCGAGGAGCAGACGCAGGCGCUGGCCAAGCUGGGAGAGAAGAUCGAGGCAUGGCAACCCAUCAUCCCGCCAGACUUCACCAAGCGCUUCACCACCAGCGAGGUGAUUCACAUGCUGGCCCAGAGUCGGAUCUACAAAACGGCAGCGAUGCUCUUCAUCCACAGGCUGCGCAACAAGUUUGGCGAAAAUGACGAAAUGGCGUCCGCCAUGUCCAAGAGCAUCAUCUCGGAUCUCACCAUGACGCUGACCGUCUCCAAAGAGUCGCAGCGCUGCGUCAGCUUCCCCUACAUGCUGGCCGCUGUCGAGGCCAGGGACGCAGCCGAGAGGGAAACCGCGCUGGAAGCCAUGUCAUCGGUCAUGGAUUCUUUCAAUGCCCGGUACAAGAACAACAUGACGACUUUCCUCAAGGCGCUUUGGGAGAUGAAAGAUGCGAAUCCCGGAAUGUCCUGGCUCGACAUGAUGCCACACCUGCCCCCCAUUUCGGUGGGCGUCUAG